AAAGUAAACCUCCUCCGCUUUAGUUAUUCAGAAUCCUGAUUGUAAUGUGAAGUGUUUAGACCUCUUGUUUCUUUCCUCUCAGCAUAAAACAGAAAAAUGAAGACUUUGGCUGUUAUAAGUUUAACUGCGUUUCUCUGCUGCUGUGGUGUGCAGAGCGCUGAACAGUCGGACUUGGAGGAGCAAAUCCUCAACUCUGGGAUUGUAGUGUUUCUAGACUUUGUGGAAAAAGUCAAAAAUGCUACAGAGAAAUUAAUACAGGAGGAUCAGUUCAAAAAAUCUAGAAUCACUGUCCAAGAACACAUAACCGCUUUAAGAGAGUUUGCAAAAACAUUGAAAAAUCCUGAGAGGCAAGAUGGCUCAGAAAUACCAUUAGAGAGAUUUUUUGAAUUCACUGUUGAUUCCUUUGGGCGAAUGACUGGAAAGAUCGUUGACAAUGUCUUAUUUCCGUACUUAAAGAUUUACCGUGAGACAUUUAAAAACGAGACAAUAAAGGACAUCUGGAAAGAAGUGGAUUCAUAUUAUCUUCCAGGAGCUCCACCGAUCUACUGUAAACCCAUGGAGUUCCUCGGUUACCUUCUAGGCAAAGCGGUGGUGAGAUCCCAGAUGGUGAACAUGGUUGAAGCUGGGGUGAACACUCUUAUGGGCAUCGGACAAAUAAAUUUGAACCAACUACAUGAGGAAAUGCUGAUCAUUCUUGAUCAGAUUAAAAAUAAAGCGUCUGAAAUAUCAGAAUUAGAAAGGCAAGAAGAGAAGGAUAAUUUUCUUGUAUCAUUAAGAAUUCUUUCUAGACUGAUUGUUUUUUACUGGGAUAAUGUUUUGGAAUAUACUGAAAAUCCAUUGUUAGAUGCAAUAUAUUUGGAUUCUGUAAAGCAAUGGAAUGAACAGAUUCAGCUGAAUAACGCAAGUGAAAAGUAUCAUGUGCUUUUAGACCCGUAUACAAGGGAGAGUUUUUUGAAUUGGACUAAGCUGCAUUUAAGUGAAUUCCUUGAUGCUGCGUCUCAGGAAUAUUACCGUCGUGGAAAUGAAGCUCUUGGUUUGGAGAGAUUCAAUAAAUCCAACUGGGCUGUUGUCAAAAUUGCUGUUGUUUACUCUCUUCCGGUUUAUAAAAAACUGUCUGAAGUCGGCUUUGGCUUUACUGAGAUCAACAGGUUCCUUAACAGAGCAAAUCACAUAGUCGUUAUACUUGAAGACUACAAUUUCUCUGACAGGAAGACCUUUUUUGAGGAAAUCAUUCGGUUUAGUUUAAAUGUGCUAGGUGAUGUCAUUAAAAAGGAGAAAACCCGUUAUAAUGAUAAUCAACUGUUACUGCCUUUACGUGUUACUAGGGUAGUGGUCCAGAGUUUGUGGUACUUUUCUCCCUACCGCAAGUAUAGAAAUGAGACUGAAUUGAAGCAAAUGGAGAGUGAAUGGAAUCAUACAAAGAGCAUCAUCAUUAAUGAAUUGAUGAAGAGCGGAGCAUUUACUCGAGAGGAGCUUGAAGAAACACCAAACAACUACGUUCAUGGGCUUGAAAAAAUCGAUGCGUGA